AUGGAAUUAAUGGAUUUCUUCAAUAGUAUUAUGGGGGAGCAGCUCUCAAACUCCAUGCAUAACGAGCCUCCGAAGAUGCCUAACUUUUUCGAAGUCGAUAAAAAGAAGUUGUAUGAAAUCAGCGAUGAUCCCCAGAGGAAAGAGUUUCUAGACGACUUGUUCUCCUUUAUGCAAAAGCGAGGUACACCAAUCAAUCGACUGCCCAUCAUGGCGAAGUCGGUGUUGGAUCUAUACGAACUGUACAAUCUGGUGAUCGCUCGCGGUGGUCUUGUAGAAGUCAUCAACAAGAAACUCUGGCAAGAGAUCAUCAAAGGCCUACGACUCCCUUCCUCCAUCACUUCAGCCGCAUUCACUUUACGCACGCAAUACAUGAAAUACUUAUAUGAUUAUGAGUGCGAGAAGAAGAACUUGUCGACUAGGAGCGAGUUGGACGCGGCUAUCGAGGGCAACAAGCGUGAGGGACGCCGCGCCUCAGGACAGUACGAUGCGCAGGCCGCGUUGGCCAUGCCACCCCUAAACAGAGUGCCAGCGUCUCUCGCCCAGUUGUCCCAGCACAUGCAGCCUCUGUCCCUCUCGUUAGGGGGUGCAGUGGCGGGGGUGCCCCGUCUGCCACCCCUGCCGCCGCACGCGCCGCACAUCUCACAACACGAUAUAGAGUACCGUGUUAGAGAAUACAUGAAAAUGAUACAGCAACAGCGUGAAAUGAUUAGGAAUGGCUCAGAGUCUCCCCCGGGUGCUCCCAUGGUGUCACCUCGAGACGCGGCGCUUUCCGCCAUCGACGUGUCUCGACUGACACUUUGGUCACUAUACAAUAACAACAACAAUAGCCCACAACCAGAUCUUGAACCACAGCGCCUUUCUUACAGUGAGGCACUAAAUCUAAGCGAGAGUCCGAACUCCAGCGUCAGCGGCAAGCGGGAGGCCUGCCGCUCCCCGCCGCCGCCCGCCAAGCGGCGCACGCCGCGCCCGCCCUCACCCGCCGCGCCCGCACCGGCCUCCCCGCACUCCCCGCGCUCCCCGCGCGCGCACGCGCACAUGAACGGCAAUGCCAAUAGCAACGGCGUGCAUGGUGCUGCGUUCAAGAUUACUACGCGAGGUGAUGCAAACACCGGCGAUCAACAACUCGUGGUGUCUAUCGAACUAAACGGAGUAACAUACGAAGGCGUCCUGUUCCCCUCACAGAACGGCAACGGUCAAAAUGGACAUCGGCAAAUGGUCUCG